AUGAACGGUAAAAAGACAACUCCAAGACCUCCUGAUGGUGAAGACAAUGGUGUGAUGAAAAACAAUGGCGAUUCAAAGAUAAAGGCCGCUGCAUCAGAGUCAAGAACUCAACAAGAUGAACAAGAUGCCGGAAUAGCUCAGGAUGCUUCGCAGAAAAUUCAACAAGCUCCGCUUGCUCAAGUUAAUGAGGAGCUUCAACAACGCCAACGCGCACACAAUCAGCUGAUUCUGCAGAUGUUACAAAACCAGCAAGCUCAACAUAAUAGGGAUCAGCGAGCUCGACAAGGGCUACCGGCUCAAAACGAGCUCCCUGCUCGAGUCAUCGACUAUUCCCCUCUCAACCACUAUCUUCAACAAGGCUCUCGCAUUUUGGCUAGAACUAACGAACUGCUGCAGCUUCUAAUGGAGCCACAAGCUCAAAAUGAUAUGAAUCAAGCUGAUGGGGAGGAUUUACGAGAAAAAGAAGUUGAGAAACCUCAAACAGCUGCGGAACUUCAAAAGGCUCAAUGUGCACGAAUUCAUCAGAUGAUACAGAAACAGCAAGCCGAACAUCUUAAGAACCAUCAUGCUCAACAAGACCAGCAGGCACAGAAACCUCAAACAGCUGCGGAACUUCAAAAGGCUCAAUGUGCACGAAUUCAUCAGAUGAUACAGAAACAGCAAGCCGAACAUCUUAAGAACCGUCCUGCUCAACAAGACCAGCAGGCACAAAACGAGCCGACUAUUGAAAGCACUUUUCUCAGUGACCUUACUAAGGCAGAUGAGAGCAUUUUGCAGCAUUUAUAUAAACCAAUUGGAAAUAAUAUGAAUCCUAUCCCGCUAUCUCUGAACAUUUUGAAUCUUCGAGCUCCACAAGUUCAAAACACUCAGAUUGCGGCGAUUUCUCAGGAUGAUGAGGAGCGACAACGUCAGUUGCUGAAAAGUGAGCUAAUUUUGCGGCAAUUGAAUCUUCCGCAACCUCUGAACCAUAUGAAUCUUCGAGCUUCAGAAAUUCCUGCACAUGUUGAUGGAAAAACUUCUCUCUAUCAAGUUUAUACUGCGGGUGACUCUCAGGGACAUCAUUCAUCAAGGCCAACGCCGAAGAGAGCACGCGAGGCUGAUGAAUCAGGUAACAACAUGAAACGAAACCAACCUUCAUCGUCUCAACCAAUUCCAGAGAAAAGGAAAAAUUUUUCAGCAGUUGAGAACGACGAAAAGGAGGCACCAUCAGAAUUGAAGAACGAAGAAGGUGCAGAGACAUUUCAAGGACCAUCCAGUCGGAAUGAGCAAAAUCAGAUGACAGAGGAUUCAUCAACUCCAUACGAAUACGAGCCAGCCCACGUUGAUAAAACGAGUCUGCCAAAAGUGUUGCAGGUUCUCAACGGCCCGGAAUUUCGCGUGAAAGGAGUAUUUGGCGAUGGCGUUUAUGGAAUCGUCUUGCGUGCGUUCAAAAUGAUCAGAGACAACCCGCAUGAUAAUCUGCUAUCGUUGACGUAUUUGGGAUGGCUGCAGAACCCACCGUCAUUUUGCACAGCAAGAGUAUUGAUGACCCAGGCUUGUGGACCAUCACUUUCAGAUGUAAUGACAAAAGUCAAAAGAGAGCAGCCAGGUUGCGAAUUCGCAGUUUAUUCGUUACCAAACAUUAGAGAAAUCGGAAAACAAAUUGCCGCUGGUAUGGAACACCUGGAGAAGCUCAAAAUCUAUCACCUCGACCUCAAAUCUUCCAAUGUUGUGUUCACAGAAAGUUUUGCUUAUAGAACGGAGCUAGAAGCGGAUCGAGCAGUUAUUGAUAUGUCUCAUACUGAUGUGAAAGUCAUUGACUAUGGUGUUGCUCAAUUCCACAGUAGUUCCGGAUCCAGGUCUUCGUUUCAACUGGCCCAAGCCCCGGAGAUGCGUGCACCGGAACUCUUCCUAGGACUUCCCUAUAACACCAAGUCUGAUGUCUGGUCAAUGGGAUGCAUGACGUUGAAAGUGUACUCUGGCAGAACGCCUUUUCCAAUUCAAACCACACAACAAAAUCAAUUUGAAUUGCUGAUGUCGACACUCCAGAAGACAGUCCCGGAGAACAUGUUAGAAGAGUCAAAGCGGGAAGGAAAAUGCCUUCUCAACCUUUCCUUCCUCCAAACCAUCGUAAAUGACAACGAACAAGGACUCCACAAGUGGGUGCGUGAAGAAAGCCACCGGACACUUUUCAAUCUUUUGGACCUCAUGUUUACUGUCGACCCCAGCAAUCGUCCAUCAUUCGGAGACAUCAAGAAGCACGAAUUCUUUCUCAACAAAUGA